AUGGCGUCCAUUCAAGAAAAUCUAAAGAAUCGUUCCUGGCGGAAGGACCAGUUUUUGAUCUCAACAGACCCCAGUCUAUUUCCUCUAAAACGAGUCAUUGAAGUUUUCGAUUCAAGAGACUUUUACUGGGCGAAACCGGUGCCGGUAGAGGCAAUGGAAGAGAUGCUCAAAAGUUCUCUCUCAUUCGGAGUAUACGAACAAACUAUCCCAGAAAACUCAACAGAUUCGACACCAGAAUCUAAAUUUAUCGGCAUUGCACGUCUUAUCACCGACUAUGUCACCUUCUCAUACCUCACUGAUGUAUGGAUUGAUUCCGCUUACCAAGGGAAAGGACUGGGGACCUGGUUGAUCCAGUGUGUGCAGGAAGCUACCAACCAGAUGCCGUAUCUACGACGGACCAUGCUUUUCACGGCGGAUUGGGAGCGAUCGGUUCCAUUUUAUGAGAAGUUGAUGGGAAUGACUGUUGUUGAGACGCCCCGGGGCGGCGGGUUAGCAUUUAUGGAGGUUAAGGGUAAAGGACAUCCAUGUUAUGGUAGCGAUGGAUAUAAUUACGAUGUAUGA